AAGCUCCUCCUCGAUGGCCCCGGUGCCACCGUGGGGCUUGGCCAUCGCCGUCCCCGGUGGGCUCCUGCUGCUGCUGCUCCUCUGUGCCUUCUUCCCCAGGGCGAGCGGGCGCUGGUCCAGCCGGGCUGCCGGGAGAGAGGAGCCGAGCCCCGGGGUGCUGAGCGUGGUGAAGCUCUCAGAGCCAGGCCCCAGCGAGGGGGGAGCAGCACUGCCAGCAGGCACCUCCUCUUGCAGCGGGACAGAUGGCACCGGUUCGGGGGACCCGGGUGUCCUCGGGCCACCUCCCCUCCACGCACCCCCCGGACCGACCCCGAGGACCCCCGACUUUCUGCGGCAUCGGCAGCUCCCGCUUGUGCCCGGGGAUCCCCAAACGCCCGCAGCGGAGGCACGGCAGGACGCCGAGGGGCCCAUCUACGAAAGCAUCCGCUACAAAUCCAGGAAGCUCAGCGGCGGGCUGAGGAAGCCCUGCGGUGCCACGGGGGACAUUGGGGACGGCGGGGACCCCGGGCAGGGCUUGGUGGUCCAGGAGGAGCCGUGCGGCGACGGCAGCCCCUGCCCCGUGUACGCCCGCGUGCGCAAAGCGCCCCGCGCCCCGCAGCACUCGGCGCCCAGCCACGGCCCCGAGCCCGAGGAAGAGGCACCUCCAGCGCUGCCGGAGAAACACUUCGAUGACCUGUAGGAUGGGACGGAGGUAUUUCGGAAGGAGUUUGGAGCCUGGGUGGCUCGUGCAAGGUUUGUGGUGGGGUUUGUUUGCUCCGGGCAGGUGCGGAGCAUCCCCCGGGACUGGCGGGGCGCUGGAUGCCCCAUGGGAUGGAACUGGUGGCCUCGGUUUGGGCGCAAGAGUGACGAUGAGUGCCACGGGGAAGGGCAUCGCCCAAAGAAACCGGUGGCAUCGGCUCAAUGCUGCCUGCAACGCCGGGGGAUGCAGGAGGGAAACGCGUGGCUGCUUUUUGGAGAAGCUCGGGACACGGCGAUGCCGGCUGGCGGGUGAGGGGGAUGCAUUAAUUCAUCU